UCCGUCUCGUCCUGCAGCUUCCGGGUGUGCGGCUGCGGCCAUUUUGAGUUUCGCUUCCUUGAGCUCCCGUCCGCCACCCAACCUUUCCGUCUGUGCGUUUCGCGCCUCCGUGAGGACCGCGGUCUCCGGAAACGCCGCCGCCGCUGCCGCGCGAGGGGUCUUCUCUAUGGUGGAGCGGUCUCACACGGACUAGAACGCCUCUUCCCCCGCCGGGAUGGACGUAGCCGCGGUCGCCACCGCUUGCGAAGGCCGCCGGGCCGUACGGGACAUCGCUCGCUGCGGAAGCCGCCGCUCUCUGGGCCUCCUCUGCCGGCGCGGGAAUCGGACUGCAGUACCCGCUUCAUGGCUGGGCAAGGCUGAGACUGUGUAGGCCUCGGAUCCUGCCCGCUCUGACGCUGCUGAGCUCCGUACUCUUGCCGGAAAAGCUGCCAAGGAAAGAAGAUGGAGACGGGAACACACAGGGCCCGGAAGUGGCCUGCCCCUCGGAUGGGCUCCUGGUUCCGGCUGCCCUUCCUUCGGCGAUCGCACGCCUGCUCCUCCGAGUACCCGACGCCUUCCUCUCGACAUAAUCCCGGGGACUCCGCACUGCCCGAGCCUCGGACCAGGUACUGGACCAAAUUACUUUCCCAGCUCCUUGCUCUGCUCCCUAGUUUACUCCAGAAGCUGCUUAUUUGGAGUCAGCUUUUCGGUGGCAUGAUUCCAACCAGAUGGCUAGAUUUUGCAGCAAGUUACAGCGCCCUGAGAGCUUUGAGAGGACGGGAGGAAUCUGCCGCUCCCACAGUGCAGAAAUCUUUGAGUUCACUGCGGCUAGACUCUUCUUCGGAAGACUUGGUUGUCAGUUCUCUUGAUUGGCUAGAGGAGGGAUUCCAAUGGCAGUGCUCGUCUUCAGACCUGGAGUUGCAACUCAAGGCCCAGAAAAGACCUUUAGACUCUACAGUGCACACAUUCCUUCUGGAGCAGCAACUGUGGGGAGUGGAGUUGCUGCCCAGUAGUCUUCAAGCCGGUCUAGUCUCCCACCGAGAACAUAGCUCUUCAUCCUCUGGGCCUCUGAGCACUCAGAGCUUAGGCAAUUUCAAGGUAGUUUCCUAUCUCCUGAACCCUUCCUACCUGGACUGCCUUCCCCAGUUAGAGCUACGCUGUCAGAACAGCGUUGGGGCUGGCCAACUUGUGGAUUUCCGAACACUACCCCCAGAGAGCUGCUACCUUUCUGAAGAUGGUUGUCACCCCCAGCCGUUGCGUGCAGAGAUGCCAGCAACCGCAUGGCGAAAGUGUCCACCUCUCUCUACAGAAGGCUUGCCGGAAAUCCACCACCUUCGAAUGAAACGGCUAGAAUUCCUUCAGGCUAACAAAGGGCAAGAGUUACCCACCCCUGACCAAGAUAAUGGCUAUCAUAGCCUAGAGGAGGAACACAACCUUCUCCGUAUGGACCUACAACAUUGCACAGAUAACCCAGCACAGGGGGUGGCCCUUGCUGGAGUCAGCCCGCAGCCAAUUAAGAAAAAACUAGAAUUGGCGAUUGAAGAAGUUUCACAGAGCCCCCAGGGAAGCAGUCUGUCUUGCAAGUUACCUGUGGAAAAAGAAUGUGAAGAGGACCACACUGAUGUAAUUGACUACUCAGAUAUAGGGGAUGACCUUCCUGUUUCUACCAGACCAGUUUGUAGCAACAAACUGAUAGAUUAUAUUUUGGGAGGUGCCUCCAGUGACUUGGACACCAGCUCUGAUUCUGAAAGUGAGGGUUGGGAUGAGGAACCUGAGGAUGAUGGUUUCAAUAGUGAUGGCUCCCUGUCUGAAUCAGACAAGGAGCAGGACUCUGAAGGGCUUCACCUUUGGAACUCUUUCUACAGUGUAGAUCCUUACAACCCACAAAACUUUACAGCCACAAUUCAGACUGCUGCCAGAAUUGCCCCCAGAGACCCGGCUGAUUCAGUGAAGUCCUGGUCUGCCAACUCUUACGUAGGGAGUUCUCAGGCGGAACCCCUUCCCGGGACCCCUGACCAUAGUUCUGGGGAGGAGGAUGACUGGGAAUCCAGUGCAGAUGAAGCAGAGAGUCUUAGACUGUGGAACUCUUUCUGUAAUUCUGAGGACCCCUACAACCUUUUAAAUUUUAAGGCUCCUUUUCAGACGUCAGGGAAGAACUGGAAAGGCUGUCAGGACUCAAAGGCAUCUUCUGAGGUCACAGUGGCUUUUUCUGGGCAUCAUACCUUACUUUCUUGUAAGGCACAACUGUUAGAGAGCCAAGAAGAUAAUUGUCCAGGCUGUGGGCUGGGUGAGGCUCUUUCUGGAGAAAGAUACACUCAUAUCAAGAGAAAAAAGGUAACCUUCCUUGAAGAAGUUACUGAGUAUUAUAUAAGUGGUGAUGAGGAUCGCAAAGGACCAUGGGAAGAAUUUGCAAGGGAUGGAUGCAGGUUCCAGAAACGAAUUCAAGAAACAGAAGUUGCCAUUGGCUACUGCUUGACUUUUGAGCACCGAGAAAGAAUGUUUAGUAGACCAGGAAUAUGUGUCAAAGGACUUACUGUUGUACAGCAAUGCUAAGCCGAGUGAACAGCCUGCAACCCUCACCCACUCUAUCUCUUACUUGAGAGCUUUUUCUUAAAAACAAACACUGGCAGCUGUCCUUGGACAUGUUUUUAAAGUAACAGCUUGUAUCUAGCAAUGUAGUUUAAUUAUUUUUGGUAAUGUGUUUAAUUAGAAACACCAACUCCGAUAAUGAAGGAUCUCUAAUCUUUAAUCCUCUCUUUUCCUAUUUAGUUGGAUGUGGGUUUUGUCUUUUUGAGAGGGUCUCACUGCAUAGUUCUGGUUGGCUUAGGUCUAUAUAUGUAGACCAGGUUGGCCUUGAAAUCGAUACCUUCUUGCCUCUGUUUCCUGUGCCACCAUGCCCAGCUGGAAGUGUUUUUAAAUAUCCUCUGCUUACCUGGGGUGAGAGGUUAAUUUUGCACUUUCAAAACAUUUCUUCUGGAGGCAGAGGCCGGUCUGGUCAUACGAGCUUCAGGCCAGCUAGGCUAUGUGGUGAGAUCCAGUCUUAGAGGACAAACAGAACAAAACAAAACAGUCAGGUUACUGUGAAGACUGAGGGAGAAGGAUAGAAAGUUCCAGGUCUUCCUGGAACUCAGUGAACUCAAUGAACUCAAGGCCAGUGUGGGGAGUUUAACAAGACCUUUUUAUUUUAAAUUCAGAAUGGAAAAGGAGGCUGGGGCUAUAGCUUGGUAGCAGAGGGCCUCUUGUCUACAUGUGCAAGGUUCAGUCCCCAGUACUGCAAAAGAAAGAAAAAACAUUGUCUUGGAUAACUAUAAGGUUUGAGCCUCAUAUUCAGUUCUAACUCAGAUUAUGCAUACUUAUCUAAAAUCUUUGGGUCCUUGUAUGCUUUUUCUGUUCUAAAAUUAAUGGGCCUUGUAUUUGUUUUCUUAUAUAUGUAUGUCUGUGUUAUAUUUUGAGGUGGGGGAUUGAGCUCAUGACAUUCUUCCUGCUUCAACCUGGUGUUGAGCUAUGCUUGUAUUUUUUGG